CUGGUCUUGUCCCCCUCGCGUUUCCCGGGAAACUUCCUCCUUUUCUCUCUAUUCUCUCUCAUUUCUUCCUUGUUGCUCCCUCCUGCUUAGCUUCAUCCAAUAGCAAUUCGCAUAACUCCUCUUCAUGUGCUUAAAUCUCCUUUUAACGUAAUUAUCUAAAAAGUUCACGCCUUUUUUUUCCCUCCUACUUGCCCACUUACUCUCCCUACUUCUUCUUCUUCUUUAGAUGUAAGCAAUGUUUUCCCGAGUUCUCACCUGAUUCAGAUUCCAUUGCUGAUGAAUCUAUUGUUUCCUUUUUUUUCUGUGCUGUGUUUCAUCAUGUAAUUGGUUUUUUAAUUUUCUGAAGAGGAACCAAGUUAAGUGAAUUAGGUCUUCUUGAUGAUGGAAUCGAAUUUCUCCAGGGUAGUCAACGGUUUCGAGUAUUAUGAUGUGGGUAUCUUACCGAAUCCGGUUCCGGUUCCGGAUUUCGGAUUCGGCGUUCCCUCCUCGAGCGAUUUCACUGAUCAUCAACCUUCAAUUUGGCUUCCAGCAACACAAGAUCAUCAAGAUCAUCAUCAUCAUCAUCACUACUCUCCUCCAACUGAUGAGAUCGAUUCCGAAAAUACCCUUUUAAAAUACGUAAACCAGAUCCUCAUGGAAGAGAGCUUCGCGGAGAAGCAGUCUAUGCUGUACGAUUCAUUGGCGCUACGACAAACCGAAGAAAUGUUGCAGCAAGUGAUCAGCGACUCACAACAAACUCAACCUUUUAUUAUUCCUAAUUCGAUUACUAGCAGCGUUGAUGAUUAUUGGAGCAGCAACAGCAAUUCUAGUGUCCCCAUCGAGACAGGAGCUAGUUCUACUGAGAGUGAAGUGUUGUACGAUCAUCCUCUCGGUGAUUCUGGUGUUGUAUCGACUCAAGGAUCAGACAUGUUGCGUGGAGGCGGUGGAUUCGGACAGCCAGCGAAUGAGAUUCUUGUCAGGAGUAUGUUUAGUGAUGCAGAGUCAGUUAUGCAGUUCAAGAGAGGGCUAGAGGAAGCUAGCAAGUUUCUUCCCAAUACCGAUCAAUGGAUCUUCAAUCUCGAGCAUGAGAGGAAAGGAGUCGUUUCAGUUUCGGUGAAAGAAGAGAAAGGAUUGUCGAGUGUCACGAGAUCUAGGAAGAAUCAUCACGAGCGGGAAGAAGAAGAGGAUCUAGAGGAAACAAGAAGUAGUAAGCAAUCUGCAGUAACUGUGGAAGAUGGCAAGUUAACAGAGUUUUUCGAUAAAGUUUUGCUUCUUGAUGGUCAAUGCGAUCCGCAGAUUAUCGAAGAUGGCGAGAAUGUUUCAAGCAAGGCUCUGCAGGGUAAUAAGAAAGAAGGAGGCCGUUCGAGAAAGAAGAGUCAAGCGGUUGAUUUCCGCACGCUUCUCACGCUAUGCGCACAGUCUAUUUCCGCAGGUGAUAAGAUCACAGCUGAUGAUUUGCUGAGGCAGAUACGGAAGCAAUGCUCACCUCUUGGUGAUGCAUCGCAGAGACUAGCUUAUUUCUUCGCCAAUGCACUUGAGGUGCGUCUUCAAGGAAGCACCGGGACUAUGAUCCAGAGUUAUUACGACUCCAUCACCUCGAAGAAACGAACAGCUGCUCAGAUUCUUAAAUCUUACAAAGUGUUCUUGUCUGCAUCUCCCUUCAUGACUCUGAUCUAUUUCUUCUCCAACAAGAUGAUUCUUGAUGCUGCCAAAGACGCUUCUGUGCUUCAUAUAAUCGACUUCGGGAUCCUUUACGGUUUCCAGUGGCCAAUGUUUAUACAGAACAUAUCAAAGAGCAAAACCGGGCCACGGAAGCUACGCAUAACCGGAAUCGAGCUUCCUCAGAACGGUUUUCGUCCAACCGAGAGAAUAGAGGACACGGGUCGAAGACUUACAGAGUAUUGCAAACGUUUUGGAGUUCCGUUUGAGUACAACGCAAUCGCAUCUAAGAACUGGGAAACAAUCCGGAUGGAGCAGUUCAAGAUCCGACCAAACGAAGUUCUUGCGGUUAACACAGUGCUCCGGUUCAAGAACCUGCGAGACGUGACUCCGGGUGAAGAGGAUUGCCCGAGGGACGCAUUCCUAAAACUGAUCAGAGACAUGAACCCUGACGUUUUCCUCAGCUCGACGGUUAACGGGUCUUUCAACGCCCCGUUCUUCACCACGCGGUUCAAAGAAGCUCUGUUUCAUUACUCGUCGCUGUUCGACAUGUUUGGUUCGACUCUGUCCCGAGAGAACCCGGAGAGGAUUCACUUCGAAGGGGAGUUUUACGGGAGAGAAGUGAUGAAUGUGAUAGCGUGUGAAGGAGUGGAUAGGGUAGAGAGACCGGAGACUUACAAGCAGUGGCAAGUGAGGAUGAUGAGGGCUGGUUUUAAGCAGAAGCCUGUGGAGGCAGAGCUUGUCGAGUCGUUUAGGGAAAAGAUGAACAAGUGGGGUUACCAUAAAGACUUUGUCCUUGAUCAAGAUUGUAAUUGGUUCUUGCAAGGUUGGAAAGGUCGCAUCCUAUUCUCUUCUUCUUGUUGGCUCCCUUCUUGAUUUUCUUUCAUGUGUUUCCCAAAUUUUUGUAUUUAUGUUUUGUUUGUUUCUUUGACUUGAUUUCUUGUAGUUUUGCUCUGUACAAUGACAUGCAAUUAUGUUAAGAAAUGCUAAAGUGGUUAACUGAA